AUGGAUGUAGGCAAUGAAAAUUCAGAUUUCCUUAAACUUAUCAAUGUCAAGGGUAACAUUGAAAAUAUCACCCCCCAUAAAAUAGCUGUAGUAGCUUUUAUCAGAGAGUAUGGACUACUGAAGAUCGAAGCAAACAAGAUGAUAGACUGCACAGUGGCUCCUAAAUACAGGAAAGAUUUCUGCAUGUUAGCUCUUAAAUUAAUUCAGUGUCCAGAUAUGGAAUUCAAAGAAUUGGAAGCCCUUCUAACUGAUGGUCGUUAUAAUUUACUAAGUGUGCAUCUGCAGAACUUUUGUGUCCGACUUCAAAAUAUAUAUGUAAAUGGAGUAAGUGCACUCACAGAUUGUGUCACUUCAACCAUAGACAAACUUAUGAUUGAAUCGAACCCUUGUAUUAUGGCUCGAUACAGUGUUUUAGGAUUAUAUCUAAGAAGAAUACUACUCCACCUGGACAGAUUAACAUUUGUACAAGUAGUGUCAUUGUACAAGUCCUUUUGCUUGUACUAUCAAAGAGGAAGACCUGGCCAAAUGAUACGAUCCCUCAGUAAAGAGAAAUUAAAUAACAUGGAUUCACAGAAUAACACCUCACCAAUAAUACCUGAUGAAUCAAAGCCCCUAGAGUUGUCAAUGAAAAUGAAUAUUGUAGAUAGAGAUAACAGCUUUGAUGAAGGUCAGUGGUCAAGAAAACAAGCUGAGUUGUUCACAGCCCAGCAAGCUAAUUUAUUGCAAAUUAAUGAAAAAAAAGCUAUGCCACCUAGACAACUACAGAAAACCAUAAUACAAAUCAUAAAUGAUAUACCAGCGUAUCCCGAUAUACACUUUCUCAGUUUCCUAAAUUGUAUUCGCACCAAGGAAUUUAGUGGCGCUCAGGACUCCCUAUAUAAUUAUUUUGACCGCACUAUUUUCAACUCAUCAGCAAGUAAUUCGUGUGACCGAACGAAGAACUUUCGAUAUGCGGCUUUGAAUAGAGCUGCAAUGCACACUCAUUUUGGCCACAAGUCCGUAGCAAUGGAGGCCGUACGAGAAGCUCUAGCCCGUGCGCAGGAAGCGGUGGACUACUCGUGUCUAAUGGGCGCAGCUGCGUGGGGCGCGCUAGCGGGCGGGCGGGCGCGCCGCGCCGCUCUGCUCAACAGGUCGCCUCGUGUGCCUGCGCCGCCCGCCGCCAUCGCCGCCGCGCCUGCUCCUACUGCACACAACACUCACACGUCUCCGUCCACUACCCCGUCGUGUCCGAGGCAUACUGCAGCAGCCGCGCAGCUCCUCGCGCAACACAUUGCCGUGAAUGGUGCCAAACCGUCCUAUAUUUUUCAGGUCAUAAUGAGAGGAGAUUCAAUCAACUAUCUCCACUCUAUGACUGAUCUCACAAUGGCAGGCUUAGCGAAUACGGCUGCGUUGUGGGCCCUUUAUGGGAAAACCGAAAUGGCUUCAGUGGCGUGUCAGCUUCUUCUAGAUCUGAAUACAAAGUGCACGGUCGGAUCAGCCAGUGUGUGGCACUGGACGGAAGCCAGCGCUACGGGUGCGGCGGGCGCAGUGGCGUGUGCAGCGUGGCGCGGAGCUGGGCCUUUGGCUGCGGCGCUUGCCUCACACCUGCGCUGCCCGCGCACCAGAGCAGUCGCUACUCGGUACCACGCUAGCCUGGCUUUAUUUGCUGGAAAAUGGGAGGAAGCUGAGCAAAGCAUAAGGCAACUAGCUUCAUCGGACAGAUGGGAAAGUCAGCUGUUGAAAGCAGAGAUGUACUAUUUAAAGGGGGAUGCCACUGAAGCGUUGGAGUCUUUGUGUGACGUUUUGGAUUUCUGUAAAACUGAAGAUGACAGCUUACAUUUUGUGUCCUUACGAGUAAAAGCAUUAAUAUUGAUGUCACAAGUUCAAAAUUCCUUUAGUAAUAUUCAAUCUACAAACAUAAUGAUACUGAACGAAGCUCUGUGGCUGGCGAAGUUAUAUCACCUACAUUACUUAGCUGCAACGGCCGAAAUGCAUUUGGCGAAUGUACAACUUAAUAUGGGUUGUGCGAAGAAUGCUUUGACUCUUGCAAGGAAAGCAUUGCCUGUUAUUAUGGCAGAUGGUAGCGCGUACGACAUGGCUAGGGCAAUGCUUUUGUAUACAAAAUGUCGGAUAGCAACUGCGCCUCCAUGUGGUGAAGCAAGAUUACAAGUAUUGCAGUCUUGUUGCGAGGCUUUAGAAUUUGUCAAAAAGAACUUUUCUAAAGUUGGUGCCCAUGUGAGACUGUUACAAACGUGGUAUUUACAGGCUCAGCUACACCACGACAUGGGUAAUCACGCAGCAAGAAAUCAAAGCGCUUGGAUGUAUAGACAGUUGGAAUUGCAGAAUUCUGUUGAACCAUCAAACAUGUUAAUAGUUAUGUAUUAA